AUGGCUUACGCCGCCGCUUCGUCGCCUUCAACCAUAAAUGGCGACACCCAAGCAAGUUUAAAAGUCACUGGCUCACUCCCGAAACCUCCAAAACUACAUAAUGUCAACACAUCUGUUCCCCCCGCCCCCAAUCCCUCCUCCGCUCCGCCCUGUGCCUCCAUAUACUCAUAUACACCUAACUCAUUACGUCCUUCGCAUACCUUCUCAAAUGCUUCGAGCCCUUCAGGCACCCCUCUGCAAUCAGCUACUGACGCGCUCCGAGGUCGAAUACCCUCAUUCCCUCUGAUACCCCCAGCCCAUCUAGAGCUUGGAGAUUCAAUGAUGGCUGUUCCUGGGAAUGCUAGUGCUUCCGGCUCGGGAGACGCGGCAACCCAAACGACAAACAAAGCCCCGGGGUUGAUGCGCAGAAUCUCUCGAGGGGCAGCUAACAAGCUCACUCGGAGGCGGCAAUCCGCGACGCAGAAUGAUAAGCGGGACCGUAGCUCCGGUCCCGUUAUCAUGCGCAGACGAAGCGACAGCAAGACUGGACAAAAUAGCUGGGAAAGUGCGCUUGAGUCCAGUAAUGAAGAAGACAGCAACGAUGCUCUGGAUUCUCUUGGGGUCUGGUGUGGCUCCGAGGCUUCUAGCUUGCAGAAUGAGAGUUUCAUUCCUCCUACUCGCAUCGUUAGUGCAGUCGCACCGAAGGUUGAUGCGAUGAUUCAGCGUGGCACAGUCCUCACGAAGGUCACCAAGAAACGACGAAAGCAAGUGCGCUUCUUUUUCGACAUCGACGCUGGGAAAGUUUACUGGGAUCUUUCGAACCCGACGAAACGUUUUUAUAUAGAUGACAUCAAGGAGGUCCGAGUGGGUGUCGAUGCUCGCAAUUAUCGCGAGGAACAUCAGGUUUCACAGGAUCUUGAAAGCAAAUGGUUCACCAUUGUCAUCGCCGAUGCAGAACGAUUGAAGGGACGGGCUGUCAAGACUCUGCACCUGAUUGCGCCUAGUGAUCAUACCUUUGAACUCUUUACGACAACCCUCGAACACAUUUCACGCUAUAGAAUUGGUCUUAUGGCUGGCCUAGCUGGUUCUGGCCAGAGCGAAGCGGUCUUGAAAGCCCACUGGCAGCGUGAGAUGUCCAGAUUAUAUCCAAAGGGUUUAAAGCCCGACGAACUCGAGAGCCUGGAUUUUGAGGCGGUUGAGAGUGUAUGCCGCAGCUUGCACAUCAACUGCUCCAAAAAUAUGCUCCGUGCUCAAUUCUCCAAGGCGGACAAUAACAACAAGGGCAAAUUAUUUUUUUCCGAGUUCAGUGACUUUGUUGCUCGUUUGAAGGAGCGGAAAGAUGUCAAAGCUAUCUUCAAAGAGCGCGCUGUCAGUUUUGAAGGCUUUACUUUGGAAGAAUUCCUGGCAUUUCUUCGUGAUGUGCAGAAUGAAGAUGUCGAGUCUGACCGAAACUACUGGGUGUCUAUCUUUGAUCGGCUUGUGCGCAAAUCGAGACCCCGUGCACCCAGUCUUCCAGAGCAUUCGGACGGAAGGCCUACUGUGGUUCCGCGUCUGGGCCUCGAUGCCUUCACCUCGUUUCUAUCUUCUUCCUGGAAUGGGGUCUACGCCUCCCGCGCCCCCCAGUCCAGGUUUGAUCGCCCAUUAAACGAAUACUUCAUCUCCAGCUCUCACAAUACGUAUCUCCUGGGUCGCCAGGUUGCUGGUGCAUCCAGCACUGAGGCAUACAUCAGCGCUCUGUCCCAAGGGUGUCGUUGUGUGGAAAUCGACUGCUGGGACGGAGCUGAUGGCCGACCCAUUGUCUCUCACGGAAGGACCAUGACCACCAGCGUCCUGUUCGCCGAUUGCAUUACUGUCAUCAACCGAUACGCAUUCAUCAGCACAGACUUCCCCCUUAUCCUCUCUCUCGAAGUUCACUGCAAUCCCGAGCAACAACUAGCCAUGGUGAAAAUCAUGAAGGAGACCUUCAAAGACCAAUUAGUCUUGGAGCCACUUCUUACAAACACCUUCGUCCUUCCAUCGCCCGAGGAAUUGAAGCGUCGCAUCCUUGUGAAAGUCAAAACUUGCGAUGAAACAGAGGGUGGUAUGCGACAAGAAUCGUCGGGUUCGUUGAUUAGUGUCGGUCGAAAGCGCAGCUCAAGCUCCCCUUUUAUGCAACCGACGGUGCCCGAGUACCCUCCAAUUUCCAACCUUGUUCCUCUUGCUGGGUCUUCCACGGCUGGCCAGGAUAGUGUCGAUACUUUCCUUUCCCAUGACAGACGAUCAUUCACGACCACUAGCUUAAGCAGCGCCACGGAAGACAGUGAUGGCGCAUUGACGUCCAUGAAAAGGGAACGGAAACGACGCCAGAAGAGCAAGAUCACCAAGCCAUUAUCGGACUUGGGAGUAUAUACUCGGGGCUACAAAUGGCAUAGCUUUACGUCCGCGGAAAGCCAGCGGUAUAACCAUGUGUAUUCGUUCGCAGAGCGUUCCUUCGAGAGUAUCUGCCGUGAUUCAGAUAGCAAAGCGGUCUUCGAGAAGCACAACCGAAAGUAUUUGACAAGGGUCUAUCCGUCUGGCUUCCGUCUGAGGUCCUCUAACUUCGAUCCCCUCAAAUUCUGGCGUCGCGGAGUGCAGAUGGCCGCUUUGAACUGGCAAACCUACGAUGUUGGAAUGCAGUUGAACCAAGCCAUGUUUGCCGCCGGGACUGAUCGCACAGGCUACGUACUCAAGCCCGAAUCUCUUCGCACAGUGACUCCUGGCGAAGAUAAAUGGAAGAGCACGGGGCGGAAACGCGUUAACUUUACUAUCGAAGUCAUCUCUGCCCAGCAACUACCGCGGCCUCGCAGCCUUGGACCGGACGAUAAUAUCAACCCGUACGUAGAGGUUGAGAUAUUCAGUGCCGAUGAUCGAGGCCAGAGUUUUGUCAUUGGGGAAGGUGGUCUAAACGCUUCGGCGCGGAGUGGCGUGUCAGGUAUUGGCUAUCCGCACCGUCGGCGCACAAAAAUCGAGCAGAGCAAUGGGUAUAGCCCCAUCUUCAAUGAUUGCUUCAAGUUUGCGCUGGAAACGAAGUAUCCGGACCUCGUGUUUGUCCGCUGGACGGUCUGGAGCUCGCUGGAUGGCCGCAGUGCAGGAAACAACAGCAGUCUUCAGUUGGCUACCUUUACUGCCAAACUCACCAGCCUUUCUCAAGGCUACCGCUAUCUGCCUUUGUAUGAUGCAGGCGGCGACCAAUAUCUCUUCUCAACCCUGUUUUGCAAGAUUACCAAGGAUGGUAUCACUCCCGCCUCCAUUGAACGACCCGAUACCGAGGAACUCCGUGCUGAGCGAUUGGGUAUUCUCCGUCAAAUCGGUCAAACCGUGUUCAAGCGCUCGUCAUCCACUGAACGGGAGAAGGAGGCUUUCUCCGAUAAGGGUAGUGAGAUCCCGAUCAGCUCAGAGGACAACCAUUCUCCUACAUCCCCGACUUUGACGCCGACAGUGUCAGCGGCAUCUACGUCUUCGCUGCCUCCUUAG